UCGGCUGCGCUGCCGGCGGUGCUGAGCUGAGCGCCCGGGAGCAGCGCGUGCGCCCCGCCCGACGCCCUCCGGCCCCAUGGGCGCCCCCGGGCUCUGCGACGGCCCCUUCUGGGACUGGAACCUGACAUGGUACACGGAGCGCCCGGACUUCACUCCCUGCUUCCAGAUCACCGUCCUUGCCUGGACCCCCUGCGUUUACCUCUGGCUGGGCUUCCCCAUCUACUUCGCCUACCUCCGCCGCCAUGACCGGGGCUACAUCCAAAUGUCUCACCUCAACAAAGCCAAAACGGCCUUGGGCCUCUUCCUGUGGCUCGUCUGCUGGACAGACCUUUUCUACUCUUUCUGGGAAAGAAAUCACCACGUUGUUCAAGCUCCAGUUUUUUUAAUCAGCCCUACCAUUGUGGGCAUUACAAUGCUGCUUGCCACGUUUUUGAUACAGUACGAGAGGAUCAAAGGAGCCCAGUCCUCGGGGGUUAUGCUCCUUUUCUGGCUGAUUGCAUUCCUGUGUGCAGUCAUCGUAUUCAGAUCCAAAACAAUGCACGCCUUGUGCCCGGAUGCGGAAAUAGACGUCUUUCGCUAUACCACUUUCUACAUCUACUUCGCUUUGGUGCUAAUCCAGUUUAUUCUGUCCUGUUUCCCAGAACGCCCACCUUUAUUCUCCGAAAACAUUCGUGGCCCGAAUCCCUGCCCGGAGUCCGGGGCUUCCUUCCUGUCCAAGAUCACGUUUUGGUGGAUCUCUGGGCUGAUGAUUCACGGGUACCGGCAGCCGCUGGAAGCCAAGGAUUUAUGGUCUCUGAACAAGGAAGAUACAUCGGAGGAGGUGGUGCCCGGCUUGGCUGCCCACUGGGCCCGGGAGUAUGCCCGGGCCAGGAAGCUCCUGAGCCCCCCCAUGCGCUACUCGCCCAAGAAGCCGGCCAGCUCCGACGGGGCGGAAGAGGCGGAGGCCCUGAUCCUGGAGCCCCCUUCAAAGGGCCGGGAGCCCUCGCUCACCCGGGUGCUCUACAAGACCUUCGGGCCCUACUUCCUGAUGAGCUUCCUCUUCAAGGCCUUCCACGACCUCAUGAUGUUCACGGGGCCGGAGCUGCUGAAGCGGCUCAUUAACUUUGUCAACGACAAGAGCGCCCCCAGCUGGCAGGGCUUCCUCUACACCGGCCUCCUCUUCUUCACGGCCGGCCUGCAGACGCUGGUCCUGCACCAGUACUUCCACAUCUGCUUUGUGACGGGGAUGAGGCUCAAGACGGCCGUCAUCGGGGCCAUCUACCGAAAGGCCCUGGUCAUCACCAAUUCGGCCCGGAAGACCUCCACGGUGGGGGAGAUCGUCAACCUGAUGUCGGUGGAUGCCCAGCGCUUCAUGGACCUGGCGACCUACAUCAACAUGGUGUGGUCGGCCCCCUUCCAAGUGAUGCUGGCCCUCUACUUGCUGUGGCAGAAUCUGGGCCCUUCCGUGUUGGCUGGCGUGGCCGUCAUGCUGCUCCUGGUGCCUGUGAAUGCGGUGAUAGCGAUGAAGACCAAGGCCUACCAGGUGGCCCACAUGAAGAGCAAGGACAGCCGCAUCAAGCUGAUGAACGAGAUCCUGAACGGGAUCCGAGUGCUGAAGCUCUACGCCUGGGAGCUGGCCUUCAAGCGGAAAGUGCUGGAGAUCCGGCAGGAGGAGCUGAAGGUCCUCAAGAAAUCCGCCUACCUGGCGGCCAUCGGCACCUUCACCUGGGUCUGCGCCCCGUUCCUGGUUGCUCUGUCCACCUUCGCCGUUUACGUGUCCGUUUCGGAAAAGAACAUCCUGGACGCCCAGAAGGCCUUCGUGUCCUUGGCCCUCUUCAACAUCCUCCGCUUCCCCCUCAACAUCCUCCCCAUGGUGGUCAGCAGCAUCGUGCAAGCCAGCGUGUCCCUGAAGCGUCUCCGGGUGUUCCUGUCCCAUGAAGAGCUGGACCCCGACAAUGUCAUCCGAGGGAACCUCCGGAAUGCGGGCAGCAACAGCGUCAGCGUGAGGAGUGCCUCCUUCAGCUGGUCACGGACGGAGCCCCCCGUGCUGAGCAGCAUCCACUUGGCCAUCCCGGAGGCCUCCCUGGUGGCCGUGGUGGGGCAGGUCGGCUGCGGCAAAUCCUCCCUCCUGGCGGCUCUUCUGGGGGAAAUGGAGAAGCAGGAGGGGCACGUCUCUCUCAAGGGCUCCGUGGCUUUCGUCCCCCAGCAAGCCUGGAUCCAGAACGCCACCUUGAUGGAGAACAUUCUCUUUGGGCGGGAGCUGAACGGGGGGCUCUACCAGCGGGUGGUCGAGGCCUGUGCGUUGCUGCCCGACCUGGAGCUCUUCCCUUCGGGAGACCAGACGGAGAUUGGAGAGAAGGGGGUGAACCUGUCGGGCGGCCAGAAGCAGAGGGUCAGCCUGGCCCGGGCCGUCUAUGCCGACACUGACAUUUACCUGCUGGACGACCCCUUGUCGGCCGUGGAUGCCCACGUCGGGAAGCACAUUUUCGACAAAGUCAUUGGGCCGAAGGGCCUCCUGAGACACAAAGUGGGUGUGUGGGGAGGCUGGUGGGGGAGGGUCUUUCCGCAGCCUCUGGGAACUCAAAGGGCAGAGGGGGGGGGGCUCAUCAUCCCCGGUCUUGUUGCCGCCUCUUUGCUCUUAAGCUGCACUGGUUCCCUCCAGUGGGCACCGCAAGGCCCUCCGUCCCCCAGCCUCCCUGGUUUUCCCUCUCCCUUCGUGCCCCAGACCCGGAUCCUGGUGACGCACGGGGUCAGCUACCUGCCGCUGAUGGACACCGUCGUCGUCUUGUCCGAAGGCAAAAUAUCGGAGAUGGGGUCGUACCAAGAGCUUCUCAAGCAAGACCGGGCCUUCGCGGAGUUCCUGCGCACGUACGCUGGGGCGGAUCACAGUGCGGCUGGCGAAGAGACCCCCGGUCUGGUCCCAAAGGAAGAGAAGCUGCUGGAGAACGGGGUCCUCGCCAGCGAAAACUCGGUCCAAGUGAGGAGGCAGCUGAGCUGCUCCUCGACCUACAGCAGCGACACGGAGAAGUCCCUGGUGCAGAACAGCCUGGCCCAGGCUCAGAAGGCGCCGGACGGCAAGAACACCUGGAAAUUAACCGAAGCGGACACUGCGCAGACGGGGAAAGUGAAGACGACCGUCUACUGGGAGUACAUGAAGGCCAUCGGGCUGGGCAUCGCCUUCCUCAGCAUCUUCCUCUUCCUCUGCAACCACGUGGCCUCCCUGGCCUCCAACUACUGGCUCAGCCUGUGGACAGACGACCCCGUCCUCAAUGGGACGCAGCAGCACACCAACAUGCGCCUGGGGGUCUAUGGCGCCCUGGGAAUCUCUCAAGGCGUGGCCGUGUUUGGCUACUCCAUGGCGGUUUCCGUGGGGGGGAUCUUUGCUUCCCGCCGCCUCCACCUCGACCUGCUGCACCACGUCCUGCGGUGCCCAGUGAGCUUUUUCGAGCAGACGCCCAGCGGGAACCUGGUCAACCGCUUCUCCAAGGAGAUGGACAUCAUUGACUCCACCCUGCCGCAGGUCAUCAAGAUGUUCAUGGGCUCGCUCUUCAACGUGCUGGGCGCCUGCAUCAUCAUCCUGCUGGCCACGCCGAUUGUAGCCGUGGUCAUCCCGCCCCUGGGCCUCAUCUACUUCUUCGUGCAGCGCUUCUACGUUGCCACCUCGCGCCAGCUGAAGCGCCUGGAGUCGGUCAGCCGCUCCCCGAUCUACUCUCACUUCAACGAGACCCUGCUGGGCGUCAGCGUCAUCCGUGCCUUCGGAGAGCAGAAGCGGUUCAUCAGGCAGAGUGACCUGAAAGUGGACGAGAACCAGAAGGCCUACUACCCCAGCAUCGUGGCCAACCGGUGGCUGGCUGUCCGGCUGGAGUCGGUGGGCAACUGCAUCGUCCUUUUCGCAGCCCUGUUUGCCGUCAUCGCUCGCCACAGCCUGAGUGCCGGGCUGGUGGGCCUGUCCAUCUCCUACUCGCUACAGAUCACCACCUACUUAAACUGGCUGGUCCGAAUGUCCUCCGAGAUGGAGACCAACAUUGUAGCUGUGGAGAGAGUGAAGGAAUACUCGGAGAAGGAGAAAGAGGCCGAGUGGACCUCUGCGCCAGCGGCUGCCCCGCCCGGCUGGCCUCAGGAAGGGCGGGUGGAGUUCCGGGGUUACAGCCUCCGCUACCGGAGCGACAUGGACCCUGUGCUGCGGGACAUCUCCAUCGUGGUCCAGGGAGGGGAGAAAGUGGGCAUAGUCGGAAGGACGGGGGCCGGGAAGUCCUCCCUGAUGCUGGGCUUGUUUCGGAUCAAAGAGGCGGCGGAAGGGGAGAUCCUCAUUGACGGGAUCAACAUUGCCAAAAUUGGGCUCCACGACCUUCGCUUCAAGAUCACCAUCAUCCCCCAGGAUCCCAUCCUGUUUUCCGGCUCCUUACGCAUGAAUCUGGACCCCUUUGACCAGUAUUCUGACGACGACGUCUGGAUGUCGCUGGAGCUGGCUCACCUGAAGGCCUUCGUCUCCUCCCUGCCCAAUAAGCUCCUGCACGAGUGUUCGGAGGGCGGGGAGAACCUCAGCGUGGGUCAACGGCAGCUGGUGUGCCUUGCCCGGGCCCUGCUGCGGAAAUCCAAAAUCCUGGUUUUGGACGAAGCCACGGCCGCGGUGGACCUGGAGACGGACAGCCUCAUCCAGUCGACGAUCCGGACUCAGUUUGAGGGCUGCACAGUCCUGACCAUCGCGCACCGUUUGAACACCAUCAUGGACUACACACGGGUGAUCGUCCUGGAGAGAGGCAGGAUCGUGGAGUGCGGGGCUCCUGCUGACCUCAUCGAGAGCAGGGGCGUCUUCUGCAACAUGGCCAAAGAUGCCGGCUUGGUUUGACCAGGUGAAGCCGGCCUUCCCCCACCCCCACCCAUGCCCAGGGAGAAGCACAGGCAGGCCGGCACACGACCCGUUCUGCAGAAAGGGCAGUAGAACAGAGGCUUCCUCCUCCUCCUCCUCCUCCUCCUCGCUCGAGAGGAGCAGCACGGGGGCUUGGGGCACAGAAGGGCCCCCCUGACUUGAAGGAGCAUCUUGCUGGGAUCACCGUCUGCACCAAAAAAAUUAUCUUAUUCUGGUGAUGGGAGAAAGGAUGCAGAGAAGCAGCUGCAGCAGAUUCCGAAAAGGCCCUUCUGGUUUCCUGUUUCCUUCAAGGGUUACACAAGGUUCAGAUGCAGAAGAGCAAACCUCCUCUUCCCCCCCCCACCCCCCAGGGCAGGUUCAGCCCCAGCCGCCUUCGCAGCUCCCCUGGCACUGCCUGGUCACCUGCGAAGGGAAGGGAGGCCUCUGCCAGCCUGGGAGUUUAGAAACUUCCGUUUGAAUAAUGUGGACCUUUUUUUUAAAGGGAAAACACUCUAGAGAUCUCUUUUCAUAGAAGAUAAUUAUUUAAUUUUUGUAAAUAAAUUUCUCUGAAGUUCAGCAGACUGAAAUGUUCUUUGGUACUUUUGUAGUAAAGUUUUUGAGUUAAAAGAAUGGCCCUAUCGAUUCCUUCUCAAGUGACCGGGGGAGGGGGAAUCUCCGGGGGGGGGGGGGGCACAUUUCCACCAGUCUGUUUACAGGUAAAGUUGUGCACCAAAACUGGAAAGUGCUUUAAAGGCUCAGCAACCCUCCAAGGCCUGUGAAGCCAGGAUCCCUCCUCUGUGCAGCCCCCAUUCACUUCAAGCCGAGAAGGGGGUGGGGGGGGGUCACAAUUCCCAUAACACCCGUUGCCUGGGCUCUGGAUGAGGGGGGUUGCAGCCUCAUCUUGGCAGUGCCCCUUUUGAUGGUCGGAUAAAGGCAAGCGGGGGGGGGGGAUCUGACCAAUGCCCGCCUAUGAAGCCCAGUGGCCGGCACAGCUGCCCACGCGGCCCCCUGAGGAAGGCCAAGCGCAUCAGAGGCCCCUUGGAUGCCCGGAAGGAGGGUGGAAGGUUGCCAGGAUGAACCACCGUUUUCCCCCAUGCAGAUGAGCCCAGGCUGGUUCUCUGCAGGCCCCCUCAUCUAGGGCGCCUCUGUAGCCGCUAUGGGGAUGCUGCCUGGCCCCAGUUGCACCACCAGCCCUGCCUCCCUGAAGGGCACUGGCCCCACAGAGGACCCCGGCACUGGCCAGGCUCCCAGCAGAGCCCCUCCGCUUUCCCCCCACAGCAAGGAGGGCUGGGCCGGGUGUCGCCCUUUGGAAAAACUAGGAUCCCCUGCAGUCCUUUUUCCCUUUUGCAAGGCGGUUUUAUUUCAAAAGCUGAACAAGUCAGGACUAAGCUUGG